AUCGUGCAGAAGAAGCUAGGUAUUCUGAAGAUAAAAGAUACCAGAGACUCUCAAAGAUGCAAACUGUCUGUUUGGGACUGCUCCUUUUCAGUCUGACCUGGGCAGCACCCAUGGUUCAACCACAGAAUGAGAAAACGAAGCAGGACUGUGUGGAAGAACAGAGGAUAACAUACAAGGGCCACCAUGAGAAAGAUGGGUACUAUAUUUUCAAGUAUGUUUACACAUCACCUGGGAGAAAAAAUCAAACUAACGUAGAGCAGGAAGAAAACAACAAAGACAAUAUUCGUCUUCACCAUUCUGGCAAGAAAAGAAAUCAAGAGCCAGCACCUAAAAAAACCAUUGUUCAAGAAAGAGAGAAAGAUUUGUUCCUUAUGGGAGUCGAUAAAAGUAACCAAAUUAGUAAAUCCCAAAAUCUUUUUGAAAAUAGACAGACCAUGAAUAAAGCCUAUAGUAUUAGUAACAAAGAAAAUGCCCACAAUAACCUAAAGAUGCCCAUUUACCCUGAAUCCACUGGGAAUAAGGAGUCUGAGGAUGGAAAUGAUGUUCUCAGCAAACUACAUGACCAAGAAAACUCUGGUGCAGCCCUCACCAGAAAAAAUAUGCAACAUAUAAUGGAGCCAGGAGCUGGGCUCGAACUCCUGGGGGAAGAAAACAAAGAGAUCAAACCCAGGAAUAUCUUAAGCAAAAUUCCAGCAAGUGGGAACCAUGCUAAAGCCCCCUCAAAGGGUAAGAAGAAUCAUCGACGAGAUCCACAGGCCCCACAGAGUCCACUACAAAGCAAGACCACCCAUCAUAUCCGGCACAACACCGACUACCUAAAACAGUCACCCGCACUCAAAGACAUCCCCAGUGAUUUUGAAGGCAGUGGCUAUCUAGAUGUUCAAGCGAGAGGGGACAAUGAUCUCUCUCCUUUCAGUGGAGAUGGCCAACCGUUUAAGGACACUUCUGGUAAAGGAGAAGCUACUGAUCCUGACAUAGAGGGUGCAGAUAUUCAAACAGAGUUUCCCGGCCCCAGUGAAGCCGAGACUAUUAAUCCUGACGCCGGAGGCCCAGGUUACAAUGACAUCCCAGAGAAAGCAGAGAAUGGCAGACAUACCGUUGGAACCAGGGAUGAAACCGCACAAGAGGCAAACACUGCUGAUGUAAGCCUAGUGGGGGGCAGCAACGACAUCACAGGUCACACCAAUUUUAGGGAACUCCCUGGAAAAGAAGGGAACCGAGUGGAUGCUGGCAGCCAAAAUGCUCACCAAGGGGAAGUAGAGUUUCAUUACCCGCACACAUCCUCAAAAGAGAAAAGAAAAGAGAGCAGUACUGAUGUUGCUGAAAAUACUAAUGAUAAUGAAAUUUCAAAAACUGGCAAAGGGAGUGGUAGAAAAGGUACAGAGCACUCUGAUGGGAAUCAAGUGAGCUCCAGUGAAAAGCAAAGAUUUCCUGAUACGGGCAAAAGUUCGGGGCAGCUCAUUCCAUCUCAUGGUCUUGACAAUGAAAUUAAAAACGAAAUAGGUUCCCAUAGUGGCCCCAGUAAUGAGGAGACUACACCACACAGUGGAGAAAACCACUAUGGACCCCACAGACAAAAUAACUCCAUGUGGAGUAAGGGUACCCCGCAAAGAAAAGGCUCCUGGGCUUCCAGAAAGCCCCAUUCCAGCAGGAGGUUCAGGCCCCCCAAAGAGCAUGACAGCAGUGGAUCGUCCGACAGCAGCAGUUCCAGUGAGAGUGAUGGUGACUAG